GUGACAGCGUUAUCGAUCAUAUAUAGGAAGACAGGAGGCAUGUCCAUAUUUACUUCUGGUAAUCACGUGCAUGGCAUCAGCUAAUCAAAUGGGGGAAGGCACAUUAAACAGCACUGAACAUUUAAUCGCUUGUAUUCAACCAAAACUGCCUGAGAUUGUGAUCACUGAGGACUGUUUAAUCACUGAGGACUGUAUAAUCACUGAGGACUGUUUAAUCCUGAAUGUGUGGACACCAUUUCCACGUCCUAUGAAUGCGAGCGUAAUGGUUUGGAUACAUGGUGGAGGAUUUCGAAACGGACAGUCCGGUAUAUACCCAGUAACUAAGCAAAAACAUUCAAGCAGUUCGGAGGUUUACGGGUAUAAAGGUUCAAAUUUUGUAGCAGUUGGUAAUGUCAUACUAGUUACAAUCAAUUACAGACUUUCAGCUCUCGGAUUUCUGACAACUGGAGAUGGUAGAAUUAAAGGUAAUUUUGGCCUUUACGAUCAACGUUUAGCAAUGGCAUGGGUUAAAGAUAACAUAAAAAAUUUCGGUGGAAAUGCGAAUUCGAUAACAAUUUUUGGCGAGAGUGCUGGGAGUGUCAGUGUCUCAGCACAUACGUUAUCGAAAGGUAGUUGGAAAUAUUUCGAUAAAGCUAUCUUGCAAAGUGGAAACAUGCUAACACCGUGGGCGAUUAUGACAGACGCCCAGAUCAAGUAUGGACUACAAUGGUUUCUGGAAAAAGUUAAUUGUAAAAAUGAUGAUCAUUUAGUCAAAUGUCUUCGGAAUGCCAGCGAGGAAGUAUGGAAGGAAACUAGCGAUGGCUCUGGGAGUAUACGGGCACGCCCUGUGGUUGACAGAGAAUUCUUUUCUGAUCAACCAAAAAAAUUAUUUGAGAAAGGAAACGUUAAAAGUCAAGAUAUAAUUAUUGGAAUCACUAAAGACGAAAUGUUCUUUAGCGAACAAGGGCUUUUAAAAGUGAAAGCACAUUUUAAAAAUUCGUCAGAGGACGUGUACGAGAAGGCGAGAGAGUUAUAUAAGCCGAAGUGCAUUUCAUCGUAUUUGGAAGCAUUGAGACCGAGUGUAGCAUUUGAAUCAGAUAAAAUGUUUAUUUGUGCAACAAGAAAUGAGGCUAAACUCAGAUAUAACCUGAUGAACACUACAAAUUCAUAUGUAUUUCAAUAUUCGCACACCCCGUUGGUACCAUAUCUACCAGACGUGUAUCCCUAUGGAUUGUAUGGAUUUGCAGGUCAUGCACUGGACGUUGUGUCAGUCUUUGGUUUUCCAGUCAAUAACACGAGGUUUCGACCUGAUGAUCAAACACUGUCGAUGAGAAUGAUCUUAUACUGGACCAAUUUUGCAAAAACGGGAGAUCCAAAUGCAGGUACAAUUACGUUACCGAUUGUGGUCGACAACGUGGACAGCCUACCAACAUGGCCUCGAUAUAGCGUUGGUAAAGAAGAAUAUCUAGAUAUGGAUAGUUUUUCCCAGAUGACGGUUCGAACAAAAUUGCGUGAAAUGCAUUGUGAUUUUUUUAUGGAUCCUGAAGGUUUCCUAAAAAGACAAGUAACCAGCAGUUCCACAAGAUAUUUCCUGUCUGCAUGGUUUUCUGUGGCUGUGAUUUCUGCUAUGUUUAACUGGGUGACAAACUGAAAAGUGUAGUUGUAGCUGACGACGAUGGGCAAUGCGUUGGCAUUGCCAGUUUACUCUUGAACUUUGCAAAAGAAUUUGCAUGGUGUAAGUACGGGAUGGAGACACUUAUUUUUUUAAUUUACUUUUAAACGGGAUUCUACAUAGCAUAAUAA